AUGCUGCCGGUGAUGCUGCUGGCCUGGGCAGCUGGUCUCCAUUUGGGAGGAGGCGUCCGCAUUCCUGGCAUAGCCGCGGUGACCGAGGAAUCUGCGGCGGCGCAUUCGGCCCCACCGGAGGGGAGAGCAUUGAGCAUCCUCGCCCAGAAGUACGACCCACAGAAGGAGGCUGAGCUGCGGACAUGGAUCGAGAGCGUCACAGGGCAGCAGAUCGGGCCCGAUUUCCAGAAGGGGCUGAAGGACGGGGUGAUCCUCUGCGAGCUCAUGAACAAGCUGCAGCCCAACUCAGUGAGGAAGAUCAAUCGCUCGGCUCAGAACUGGCACCAGCUCGAGAACCUCUCCAACUUCAUCAAGGCCAUGGCCAGCUACGGCAUGAACCCCGUGGACCUCUUUGAAGCCAACGACCUCUUUGAGAGCGGGAACCUGACGCAGGUGCAAGUGUCACUGCUGGCCCUGGCAGGCAUGGCCAAGACGAAGGGGAUGCAGAGUGGCGUGGACAUCGGCGUGAAGUACUCGGAGAAGCAGCAGAGGAACUUCGACGAGGCCAAGAUGAAGGCUGGGCAGUGCGUGAUCGGGCUGCAGAUGGGCACGAACAAGUGCGCCAGCCAGUCCGGCAUGACGGCGUACGGCACCAGGAGGCACCUCUACGACCCCAAGAACCAGAUCCUGCCGCCCAUGGACCACUCCACCAUCAGCCUCCAGAUGGGCACCAACAAAUGUGCCAGCCAGGUGGGCAUGACGGCUCCCGGCACCAGGAGACACAUCUAUGACGCCAAGAUGGGGACGGAGAAGUGCGACAACUCGUCCAUGUCGCUGCAGAUGGGCUCCAACCAGGGCGCCAACCAGAGCGGCCAGGUCUUUGGCUUGGGCCGCCAGAUCUACGACCCCAAGUACUGCCCGCAGGGCAGCCAGGGCGAGGUGGCCAACGCUGCCUGCGACGAGGGCGGGGACCCCCCCGGGUACCACUACUACCGUGAGGAGGAGAGCUACUGAGCGGGACGUUGUCCAGCCCCGUCUCGCACCAUCUCAUGUACAGACCCCACUGCCAGCGACAUUCCAGCCUCUACUUUUGUCAUUCCCUCUUUUUAAACUUUUUUUUUUUUUUAAAAAUUUUGAAAUGAAUCUAUUUUUCUGAGCA